AUGUCGAUCUGUCAGACGGAGCGGCAGCGACUCCCUCAGGAGCUCGUCUUGCACAUCAUCGAAAGGCUUCUCCCGCCGAAUGAGACUGCCAUCUUGCCCGCCUCACACAGCGCAACGAGGGCGCUCGUCAACUUGACACUGGUAUCGCGCUCGACGUAUGGCUUUUCCACACGCCUCCUCCGGAGGCGGUGCAUGCACAUCGACUCGACCAAACGCCUGAGCCUGCUUCUGCUCAGCCUCCUGUCUCCGUCGCUCAGCAGCCUGCCGCCCACGCUAUCCCUCAAAUGCAUCACCUCCCUCUACAUCAGCCCCUUUGGGAAGUCGCUGGACGACAAGCCCACGGCGAUGUGGGUACGCGAGCUCUUCUGCGAGGUCUGCGACACGCUCAAGAGACUCGUGGUUGACAUGCCGUUUGGGAGUUUGUCAGGGUACAACGAUCACCUCGACGUGAGGCCGACGCUGACGGACGGGUUCCAGAGGCUGUCCAAGUUGGAGGAGCUCGUAUGCAUGCGAGACUACCCGGCCCUGACGUUCAUGUCGCGGACCUUCACCGUCAACUGCUGGAGCCUUUGGCCCAAGCUGCGGCGCGUGGCGUUGUUUAAGGCUCCCGUAGGGAGCCACUGUUUCUGGUACGACACGGCCAACACGGCCUCGCUGGAGCACGUCGUGCUUGUGCGACCGUUGGAUCUGGAAACAGCCAAUAUCAAGGAUGACUACAAUGAGGUGCUGCAGAAGUUCGACCAUCUGGUACCUCGCAAGCUCAAAGUAGUUUUGGCGGACGUAGAGAGCGACUUGGCUGAUGUACAGACAGCGGGUUGGGCAGAGCACGACCCGGAGGGGCUGAUUGUUGUCGAAAAACACCACAUUCCCACGUCCUUCUACGGCGACGAGGCAGUGGAUGAGGUGUGCUGUGGCUGGGUCAAGACAGCUGCGCUGAACGGCUCGAUAUGGAGCUGGGAAGGCCAACCUAUCGUGGGUGCGCCGGGUGAUGCAGGCGAACAGAUUGUGUUAGCAGCAGAUGCAUGA